AUGGCACUGAUUGUGUUGGUUUGUUUGCUGGUUGGUUUACAAUACUUUUAUCCGCAACUUGUCACCGUUGUUCGAACGUUGCUGGUCAACCUCGUGGCCAACUUUUUGGCAGAUGUUCUCGAGCAUCCGCGGGUCCAGGCAGCUGCCGCGUCGUCGAUUGUGGCUGGUAUGAAUGCCACUACCGACCAACCAGAUCUUCCAGAAAGGGCUGCUACAAUCUAUCUGAAACUUCAAGAGCAAAAUGAACACGUUUCAAGACAGUUAGGGGAGCAAUUUCCGAAAGUAGCGGGAGCUUUUCUCGCAGGAGCUGCGGCUGGGCUGCGGAAAAAAGAACCCCAGAAAGAGGAGCAAUCGAAGAAUAAGGUUGCAGAUAAUGAGCCCAACAAGCCAGGAUCACGUCACUGGGGCUCGCUCUUCCAGGGCUUGAAACUAGAGGAGGCGAAGACUACUACAAAUGAAAUGGAUUAUGAACUUGAUGGCAACGCUACUGUUUCUCCUCUCGUACCAGUGGGGGGAGUGGGGAGCUUCCAUUCUUGUUCGGAUGCUGUAGUGGAACCAGACAAAAAAGAUUAG